AAAGAGGGACUACUCGUAGUCAAGUCUCGCGACAACUAAACCUAAACCUAAAAAUUUAGGAUCGAAACAAACCAAUCAACAAGUGGCAACGUUUCCUGAGAGGUCCGCAACAAGUCACACUUUUGUUGGGUAUCCAAUUUUGUAAUAGAACUAUGUUGUUUGUAUUAUUAAAUGUUAUUGGUUUACUUAAGAAAAUGAUCGCUAUUCUUUGUUCUCAAGUAAAGUUUUGAUUGGUUAACUCUUUUCCAAGUGGCCCGGUUCGAGUAGUCGCACCGUAAGACGGAUAGUGGGUACUGCUCUCAACAUGUCCCUCGAGGGGGCACUUGAAAACUCAGGCUCAACUGAUCAAGCAACAACUUUGAAGGUACGACUUUUCCAUCGGAAUGUUUUGGUUGUUUCAGGUAAUUUCAUCGACGUUUAUGCUGCGGGUGGUGGCCUCGAGGGACCCUCCAGCGUGAGUUUUGCUGAUCUUCGAACACUUUAUGCAGCCAGUUACGACAGCGAUAGAAUUGUUUUAUACAACAGUACGACGGGACUCUCUUACACUUUUCCUGGGAAACGAAACGAACAUCCCGGAGAUGGAUCUUUCCGGAAUGUUACACUCGACAGAUAA